GUGCCUUCUAAUCACUAGUCAGCCUUUAGAGCUAGUGCAAGUUAAAGAUAGCAUCAACACAAUGCUUAACGACACUGAGUUUGCGACUUUGCGGAAUAGAUUUAAGAGAGAUGCGGAGUUUCUUAUGCAAACAACGACAAACGGGGACGAAGAUGAAAAGAGUCAGGAGGAAAAAGAUGCUAAACCUCUCCCUCGCAUUAACAGACACUCCAUUUUCUGGCUCGUGGCAUCUAUAGGUGUGACCUACUAUGUGGAUUUCCUCCACAACAUCAUGGAGAAUGAUGACAUCAAAAGUUGGUGGUUCAACGUGGGUCUGAUACUCCUCGGGAUCUGCCUGUCUCUGGCCAUGUUUUGCAUUGUGUACCUGGAGUGGUUCAAAGGCAUCCAGCACUAUGACCAAGAGUACCCUGCCAUUCCUCUGAUCACUACCGCAGCCUUUAUCGCUGCAUCUUGCAGCCUAAACAUGGCCCUGUGGCCAGUGUGGUCCUUCUUCACUCCAUUCAUCCUCUUCACACAGUUCAUGGGUGUGGUCAUGUUCAUCUCUUUGCUUGGAUGAAUGUGACAGGUGAGGAUAAUGCUUUUUUUUUUUUUUUUUUUUUUUUUUUUUUGAAGCUGUCAUUUUGAGCUUCACAAAAUGUCUUUUAAUUGAAUAAAUAACUUGUCCUUACAUUGUGAAAGUGAAAUAUUGUGUCAUUAAAUACUUAAUACCAACGCUGAAGAAUCUGUACUUUACGUAAUCUUGUUAUCCAUAAUGUUGAGUUUUCUUAUGAUAGUUAUCCUCCCUUACCUGCACAUGUUUCUGAAGCAAUGUCAAGUUUACAACUGAAUCAACAAACUACAUUGCACUGUAAGACAAUUUAUGCCAAAAACCUGAGACAUUCCAGCACCAAAAUGAAACGCACACACUGACCAUAAUGUUAUACGGCCACAUUUUGAAACGACACAUGCACUUAACACAGCACCAAACAUUUAAAACUUUAUCAAAAUCAGCAACAUGUGUCUUUUGAAACUUAAGAUUGCAUAUAUAUAUAUAUACACACACACACACCUGCAGCUGAUUGAUGUAGAUCCCUCUGCUGACUGUGGUCAGUCUGUAUUGAUGCUUUUGGUUGGGCAGCUCAGCAUGGUAGGAUCACUGUGGUGUCGGUGAGAGUUUAACCAUCUCCGUUUAUGAUUUGUCACUGAUGUGUUUCCCCAAAGAAACAAUGAUGACUGUGUCAAUAGAAUGUGAUGCAUUGUGUUAUAGUAGGAAAAGGUGUUCCUGAAUAAUAGUGGUUACUGAUAACAUUAACGAUGGGUCGGCUCUGUUUUAAAUGUGUUUCAGGAAGGUAUGGUAUUAAGCCACCAUUCACCAGGGGCCGUAUUCACACACGUUCUGAGAACUAAGCAUUUCUAGCAAGGAGUUUUAGCUUAGGAGUGAUUUAGAAAACUUCUCAGAGCAACUCAAGAAAGGGACAGAAACAUUAUAGUGAGGUGUGGUUGACCCUGUUGCUAUACAACACAUUAUUUUAAAAACGUGUGAUUGGUGGAUCCCAAAGAAAAAUAGGCUCCAUUUAGACAUGUUUUUUUAGUUUUAGUGUUUCAUUUUUAGUACUUAAUCUAUUUGAUUUUUAAAGGAGAAAAGGGCUCAGCUUUCAUCCAGUUUAUAUACUGUAAGUAGCGGUGUUAUUCGGCAUGCAAAUCUAUAAACCAGCAGACAUUGUUGCAUUUAUCCAGUUGCCAAAUAUCUUCGUGUUGUGAUCACUUUCAUGUCUGGUGUUUUAGCGUUGAGUGGGAGAUGUGAGCGCAUCUCUGAUGAGAUCAACCUCAAACAUUACAGUAAUACAAUCUAGUGAUUCAUUCACUUACUGUCAUUCAGCAUCUGUUUCUCUUUCCACCAUUUCCUCCUCUGCUUAAGAAACUCUUAGAAAGCUUUAUGAAUACGGCCCCAGGACCCUGACACUCAAGCAAACAACUGGCUUUUUUUUGUUAUUUAUAGUGUGCUAUUUAUUUCUUUGCUUUUCCUACGGUGACCCGUUAAAAUGUGCUGUGAAAAUGGCCUUUUCUAUUUAAAUGAUGAAAAAUGUGUAUAAGCAAUGGAGUAAAGGUGUUCCACCAUUCAUAACUGUUAAUAAAAAAAUAACACACUGCUUUUUCAUAAGCAGUUUGUGGUUCACAAUGUUGACUGCUCAUAUUCUGUAAAAUGUUUUUUUUCUGAAAUAAAGUUUAUAACGAAUUUCA